AUGAGCUCAAAGAGAAGGCACACCGAGGCGGAACAGGACACUAAGAAAGUCAGAACCGACCUCGAGCAACAGGUCUACUCAUCUUCCGAUGAAUGGCCUGUCUAUAACCACCCUGAAGGUGGGAUAGUCAAGAUGACCCCCUGGGGCUCGUUGAGACAAUACGUGAACCCAUUGAACGGCCAGAUGAUGACCAAGUUCGAAGACAAAAACUUCCAGGACCACACCUUCAACCAGAACGCAGAGCAGCUGUCGUUGUAUAUCCCAUCGACGCCCCAGUCUAUGUGCCCGACUUCUUCUGACUCCCCUUCUCCUGCGGAACACUUGAAGUUGAGCCCCAGCCACGAGGUUGAGCACUAUGUCAUGGACGGAUACCAGCAGCAACAGGGUCUCCAGCAGCAGCACCAACAGCUGCAACAGUACCCCCAGCAGUACCCUCAAGAGCCAGUUCACCAAAAGGGCCAAGGUCGCGAGUUUCAAACGGAGCACGAGAACUACUUUGGAAUGGGAAACUCAGAAGAAGAAGCUGACUACGAUAAUGAAGACCAUAUGAUGUCUUGA